GUCCAUUCACAAACCCACCCCAUGCCAUGCAUUACCACCCCACCACAACCUCCACCCCACCAGCUUUUAAGAUAAACCAAAUCCAUUAGCCCAGCAUUACAGCAGCUGGUGGAGCAGCAGAGCAGAUACCAUCAUACAACUUGCUCUGGAAGACACAGAUGAGCAGCAGCCAAAAGAGAAAUUGCAAUUUGAUCGCUUCCUUCCUCCAUUAGCCCCAUUCUUGGUGUCUGUCACUGUGCUGUGCCCCUGCAGCUCUGGCACUGAUCGUUUCGCCUGGAGCAGUUCGUCGUCCUUUCUUCUCUCCCUCUUUGUUUUUUCAAUUUUUAAGAGAAGAUUCUGGAAUUAAUUUUAGCGGCAAUAAAAGCUUAGUGCAAGGUUUGUUCUCAUCUGGAUCACAUUCUUUUUCUGUAUUGAAAUUCUUGUUUUCCCAUUUCUCUGAAAUCAGACGCUGUUUUCUAGUAGUAAAGUUCGGUAGGAAUGUUUCUUGAUGUUGGUUUGGUCAUUUCCUUGUCCUGAAAAGCUGCCUCUUCUUUUGCUCUCCGCCUCUCCCUUUUCUUCAGUUCCCUGCGAGAAGAAAUCGCGGUUUUCUGUUGUGAUCUUAGGGGGUGGGGGCAAAAUCUCGGUCCCAAGAACACCGGUUUCCCGUCUUUCUCCACAAAUCCUUUCUCAUGCUGCCUCCCUGGAUCCCCCUGGAGGCUCGUCUCGUUCCUGGCGCAGGUGCUGCUGCUCCCUCUGCCUGCGUGGUGUGAGGAGAUCCAGCUCGGAGGAGGAGGAGUUACUGGCUUCUAGGCGGACCCAGAGCUUCAUGCAGCUGCCGAGUAGUUUACUGAUCUAGAGGGGGGUUAGGUUCUUGACCCGAUUUGGUGGAGGCUUUGCCACUGGGAUAGGGGGACAGUUAGGCCUGCCGGAUCUUUUUCACUAGUUGUUGGUCCUGUCCCUUCCCUUCCUUUGGGCUAGAAGCAUUUACCACCGGUUUGGUACUUUCUUGACGGGUUGGUUAAGCGCUGUGGGGUUGUUGUGCAGCUCCACUCUUGGUUCUCAUUUGCUGGUGAUUGGUGAGGGGGAAAGGGAUGAAGAACAGGAGGUAAGGAGAACUGAAGGAAGAGGAGAAUUUUCUUUCCUGGUUUAUUUUUCGGUGUGGCACAAUGAAGUAUAUGAAGCUUGGAUCAAAGCCGGAUGUCUUUCAGACAGAGGGAAGCAAUCUUAGGUUUGUUGCAACAGAACUGGCAACAGACAUUGUUAUCUCCAUAGGGGACGUCAAGUUUUAUCUUCACAAGUUCCCUCUUCUAUCAAAGAGUUUGCGCUUGCAAAGAUUAGUGGCUUCAAGCAAUGAGGAGAAAAAUGAUGAAGUGGAUAUCUCUGACAUCCCUGGUGGAUCUUCAGCAUUUGAAAUUUGUGCUAAGUUCUGCUAUGGCAUGAUUGUAAAACUCAAUGCAUAUAAUGUCCUCGCCGCCCGCUGUGCAUCUGAGUAUCUAGAAAUGUUUGAGACCAUUGACAAAGGAAACCUCAUCUACAAAAUUGAUGUAUUCUUGACAUCAAGUGUAUUUCGCAAUUGGAAGGACUCGAUCAUAGUCUUACAGAGCACAAAGUCACUGCUACCUUGGUCUGAAAAUUUGAAGGUAAUCAACCACUGCAUUGACUCUAUUGCGUCGAAGGCAUCAAUUGAUCCAUCAGAAGUAGAGUGGUCUUACACCUACAACAGAAAGAAACUCCCAUCUGAGAAUGGUAUCGAUUCUCAUUGGAAUGGUGUCAGGAUGCAACAGAUAGUCCCUAACGACUGGUGGGUUGAGGACCUUUGUGAGCUCGAGGUUGAUUUGUACAAGCGGGUGAUCAUGACCAUCAAGGCAAAGGGAAGAACACCAGUUGUUGUAAUCGGAGAAGCACUGAGGGCCUGUGCAUACCGACGGCUGCUUGGUUCUCUAGAAGAUGCUGUGAGCAAUGGAGUUGAUUGCACAAAACGUCGUGCAGCUCUUGAUGCUAUUGUAUCUCUUUUGCCCUCUGAGGAAGGUUCAGUGUCAUGCAGUUUUCUUCUUAAGCUGCUAAGAGCUUCAUCCUUGUUGGAAUCUGGGGAGUCCCAUCGCAAUAACUUGAUCAAGAGAAUAGCCACACAAUUGGAUGGUGCUUCGGUUUCAGACCUUCUUAUACCAGCAAAUACAGGUGAAAACAGUGUAUAUAACGUAGAUUUGAUCAUGGCAAUAGUGGAGGAGUUCAUGUUGCAGAAGAGUGAUAAUGGUAAGGAAAAUUUUCAAGACGAUGAAGAAAUCGUGGAGGUUGAGAACCUGAUUUCUGCUUCCAACCCGUCAAAACUGGCAGUUGCAAAGCUGAUCGAUGGAUAUCUUGCUGAGAUUGCCAAAGAUCCCAACCUUCCUCUUCCAAAGCUGAUUGCGCUUGCUGAAAUGGUGUCUUCUCUACCCCGACCAACGCAUGAUGGGAUCUAUCGUGCCAUUGACAUGUAUCUGAAGGAGCACCCCAGCCUAUCAAAGAGCGAAAAGAAGAAAUUAUGCGGAUUGAUGGACUGCAAGCAGCUGUCGCAGGAUGCGUGCAUGCACGCUGUGCAGAAUGAGCGCCUCCCCCUGCGCGUUGUUGUGCAAGUUCUCUUCUUCGAGCAAAUCCGGGCAUCAGUUGCUUCUGCAAGGAGUGACCCUUCAGCUGAGCUCCCAUCCGCUGUUCACUCGCUCCUUCCCAGAGAGAAUGGCAACUCCAUUGGCAGCUCCAGGUCAGCUGCCACAGCAACAACGGACGAGGAAUGUGAGGUCCCGACAUCAAGAGACAUCAACUCUCUCAGGUCGAUGAGGCUGGCCAACAACAGGGGCGGCAGCGACAGGAGCAGUGGCAGCAGUGACAUCAAUAAGAACGGCGAUGACAAGAGCCCCGCAGGGAAGGCAAAGGGAAUGCUGAUGCCAAAGAAGAUACUGAGCAAGCUCUGGUCCUCCGGCAAAACGAACGCCGGUGAGAACAGCAGCUCGGACACGUCGGAGAGCCUUGGGUCUGUCAACCCGGAGGAGGUGAAGUCCACGUCAUCACGGAUCACAAGGCAUUCAGUGUGCUAGUCGAUGGGGUUAACAGUGCCACAGCCAUGGUUUUGUUCUUGCUCUUGAAUUGCCUUUUCUUAAGAGUAGUAGCAAUCUUAGAAUGUGGAAUACCACUACUGGCUUCACUUGUCGGUUACCAAUGAUAUUUUUUUGGAAUGGGAAUGAUAGUAAUUGGAGUAGGUUUGGUCA